CGGAUAGGCUGCGAAAACACUGCAAGGCGCACUACUUUAGCACAUAUUUCUUAUUUGUUUCAUUGUAGGAUAGAAAUAAAGCUACCGGAACGUUCCAAUCGUGGCGUGCAAUCGAUCCUACUUGAACGUUGCAGUACAGUAAAAAACAAAUAACCAGCGAAAACAACCGAUAGUCAUGAGCCAACCGUACGUUAGCCCGCUCUCGAUAGCCGUUAUCUGUUCGUCCAACAUGAAUCGAUCGAUGGAAGCACACGGGUUUUUGGCCAAAAAGCGAUUCAAGGUACGAUCGUUCGGUACGGGCGAUAAGGUGAAACUUCCCGGCACGGCUGCAGAUCGUCCGAAUGUUUACGAAUUCGGCACCACCUACGACGACAUCUAUAAUGACUUGGCCACGAAAGAUAAGCAAUACUACACACAGAACGGUCUGCUACACAUGCUGGAUCGUAACAGACGAAUAAAAUCGUGCCCAGAAAAGUUUCAACUAUGUACGGAACGAUUUGACGUGCUAGUAACGUGCGAAGAACGGGUUUACGACCAGGUGAUAGAAUAUAUGGAAUCAAAAACGCCUAGCUACAAUCUUCCAGUGCACGUGAUUAACAUCGACAUACAGGACAACCAUGAGGAAGCGACGGUCGGUGCGUUUCUCAUCUGUGAUCUAAUAACGAUGAUGGCUCAAAGCGAAGACUUGGACAACGACAUCGACGAGCUGUUGCAUGAUUUCGAGAACAAAUGUCAGCGAAGUGUACUGCACUGCGUUCAGUUCUACUGAAAAGCAACGAUAUUUGAAAACAACACAAUUUUGUGGCAUGAUUAUUCGCAGCUGACCUCUCAAAUUCAUCCACUGCUUUCGCGUUUUGUACCGCAAAUCAUUGUUCCGUCACGGAUUAUGGUUUGGCCCAUAGAUCCAUGCAGGAGCCUUCUAUACGGCGUACAAUUAACCGUAUGAAGAAGCAAACGUUUAAAAAAAAUGCUGAUUUAUGUUGAUGAAUAAGCAACACCUUUUUAGUUAACUUUGGGCAAAAAGCUGCCAUUUUAUCAUGAUGAUGUCUUGUGUUUUGUGUAUUAGUUUACAUUGGAAUAGUAAAGUGAUGUAAAGAAACAAAAAACUAUCAACAAGCACAUUUUCACAAUCUUUCU